AUGCAGGAAGAACUACUAGAAGCGUUGCGUAAUCCAUUUGUGAUUGUAUACGUAUCAGUUCUAUUAUCAUGGUGUGUUGUAAGUGGUACUCAAUUGGGAGAUACCUUUGAAAUGGAGCUGAAGGCAUAUCGUUUACAACAGUAUGAUUUAGUUGGUGCAUCACAUGGUAGUCGCUCAUCGAAAGUACUGUACGAAGCAGUUUCACUAAAUGGAAAUGCGCUGAGACGUUGUGUAAUUGUUGGCUGGCGUGAAUUAAUUGGCCGUGAUAUGAAUGCUUUAUUCGAUCAUGCGCUAGGUAGUGUUGUGAUUAUAAUUCCUGCCGAUCUUGAUGCGUUACCACCUACAGAUCGUGCCAACUUCGUAAUAUUGGAGCGUAGCUUAUUAUCGUUGGACACACAAGUGGCUGUCUAUGUAGCGCAUCAAAAACCUGAGUUACACGCUUUACUUAAAGAUGUUUCUUCAUUCUCAUCGACAACUUCGUCAACAUUGCAACAGCUACUGAAUGCAAUUGCGGCCAAUACGUUCCAGUUGUCGUCAUCUCUUCCUCAGUCCAAUGCGCCAGUUACACCACCUACUGCUAAUAUAAUGGGUCGUCUGUGGGCAACGGAUCACGCAUCACCAGUGAUUGUUUUAGUGGCACAUUACGAUUCACAUUCCGCCAUCCCCGCACUCUCUACAGGUUCUGAUUCGAACGGAAGUGGUAUUGCUGCAUUGCUUGAAUUACUUGCAAUUUUUUCGACAUUCUACUCAAAUGUGACCACAAAACCGAAAUAUAACAUGAUUUUCCUGUUGACCGCUGGAGGUAAAUUCAAUUAUCAGGGUAGUCGUCAAUGGAUUGAGGAUCACAUCGAAAAACAAAUCGAGGAUAACGUUGAAAUGGUAAUUUGUUUGGAUACGUUGGGUAAAGGCAAUGGUUUAGUAAUGCACGUCUCCAAAAAACCGACUGAAACUGCACCAGCUGGCAGAAUGUUCACCAGAAUCAAGAACGCCAAACAGUCGAACAGAACGAUUGAAAUCACGUCGAAGAAGAUCAACCUCAACGCUGAAACACUGGCAUGGGAGCAUGAGCGGUAUUCAAUAAAACGAUUACCUGCAUUCACGCUUUCAAGGCUAACGUCUCAUAUGGAUCCAAUUCGUACAUCUCUGCUCGAUUCACCUAAACAGAUCGAUUUGGAAGCGCUACAGGCAAAUGUGGGUGCGAUCGGUGAAGCACUGGUGGCGCAUAUGUUCGACUUACCGAAUACACAUUGCUCAAAUGAUGACAACGAAUCGUCGACGUGUUUGAUUUUGAAAGAGCACGGUGUUGAGCCAAAAAGACUGGCACACUGGAUGAAAAAAUUCGCUACCUUAUCGAGGCCAUUGGCUGGCAACUCGGAGGCACUUAUCGCCGACCUUACUGAUACUGUUGCAAUGUAUGUAUCAGGUCGACCGCAUGUCGAGCCAGUAUCAUUGGUGGAUAUUACGUUGUACGGCGUGCUAGAGGAUCGUUUGACAGCACAUCGAGUGAAACCAGCAGUUUUCGAGCUUUUAUUGGCCUUAUGUAUCACCGUUUAUCUUUCGAUCGUAUACUUCAGCGCACUCAACGUUCAUUCUUUGCUUGAAACAGUGCUGGUCAAAUUGAAGAGCGUUUGA